UGAAAGAGGGAUUGAGCCUCCGCUGCCGAGUCUGUGUGACUGUGUUGAGUGUCUGUCUCUCAGAGAGAGAGAUGCUGAAUGCACCAUGGAGCUGGAAGUUGCUGUUGGCUACCAAAAACAGACCAGCAUGGAGGAUCAGGACAGGGUCAGUCAGGCCUCCAGCAGCGCCACAGUGUCCUUUCUGCAGAUCAGAGACAGGUGUCAUGAAAAAGUGCAGGCGUUUGGAAAGAGAUGUCAAGCGGCGAAGAGAGACCCCAACUGUCCUGUAGUGAUCAGAGGAUGGCUGUACAAGAGGGACAGCACUGGACUGAAAUUGUGGAAAAGAAGAUGGUUUGUUCUCUCCAAUUACUGCCUGUACUAUUAUAAAGACAGCCGAGAGGACUCUGUCCUGGGCAGUAUUCCUCUUCCCAGCUACAGGAUCCUCUACUGCUCCCCUAGAGAGUGCAGGAACCGGAAAUAUGCAUUCAAGGUUGUUCAUCAGGGGAUGCGGCCGUACAUCAUGAGCGCUGAAACCCAGGAGGACAUGUUGGGUUGGGUCAGGGCUCUCAGCCAAUCAGCAAGCAUGGAGGCUGAUGACAUCAUCAACAGACGCUGUGCCAGUUUUCAGGAUUUCACUCAGAUGGGAGAUAACGCUGAAACCAUGGAGCUCCAGCACACGGCCACUUUUCCAGAACGAAAAGCUCAGACCGCAACAAAUCUGAGCAGGGUGCACACAGAGCCGACUCUGCUGGAUCAAGACAUGAUGGGAAUUAAAAUGAAGACACCAGAGCUGAGAGGAAGACAUGAGAGCAGACCAAUCACACCUGAAGCUACCGAGUAUUCUCAGAGUUUGCUGAAUGCAGAUGAGGAACCUCUUUCCUUCCUACAUCCGAAGGCAACCUUCAAGCAGCCUUCAUUUCCCAGAGAUCAUUAUGAGUUACCGUGUCACGGUAAUAUGGGCAGAACGGACGUUUGGCCCUCAGAUAACUGCUCGAGUGCUCCAAUGUCACCCUGCAUAUACACAGAGAGUGGACAUCUGCUCGACAAGCCGGAGCUUCAGUGUUCUGUGUGCUACUGUUCCAACUACCACACGGCAGAACACAUGGCAGUGUGCAAGGUAAGACAAACCUGUGAUAACUUCAUGUUAUGAAUCCUUUAAAGUUAAUUUUCCAUGCAAUACAGCACAUAUAAAAUU